AUGGUGAUCUCAGAGUCCUCCUCUGGCGACCAGGAGUUACACCUUUUGCCUUUCCAUCGCUCCAGACUCAUACACUCUCAUCUGCCCGCCCAAAACCAAGAGAACCAAGAGCUGCCUCGACUGGGCCACCAUAAGGCCAGGUUCAGACCAGAGGCUCUUCUCAGGUUCAGGUUACAUCAGGACUAUGGACAGUGGGGUAUAAACCUGUUGGCACGAUCGCCCCAUCAUGUGUUCCCUGAGCAUGCAGAGGUGUCCGCCCAGCAUCUGGUCACUGUGACAAGCAGUUCUGUCUCUGCCUCUGACCAACACAAUCAACAAUGUGUCCAUGUUUACCAGUACUUGGCUGUGGACGUGCGGAGGCUGAACAUCAGUCUUCUUCGCUGGUUUCGGGAAGGAAUAGCUGCAGCUUUGGGUGUUCCUGUCAGUAAUGUCCACAUCAACCGCCUCAAUGAAGAGAAGAAUGGAAUCGAGCUUUUCGUCUCCUCUGAUAGGCUGGGGAUCCUGGAGCCUCGUCCAGCUGAAGAAGUUAUCCAAUCACUGAACAUAAAGACCCUCCACAGACACCUGGGGCAUUUCGGCAUCACUGAGGUUUCCCCUGAGAAGAACGUCCUCCAGGGCCAGCAGAGGGAUCACGUGUGGAGCCGAGAUGGGUUCUAUGCUGUCUUUCUCUUCUUCACUAUCUUCGUUAUUGUCAUCACAUGCUUGAUGGUUUUGUACCGACUAAAAGAGAAGGUGUCAAUUUCUCAACAUCAGGUGAAAGCUCCUCAUGAAUACAGGCCAAAACUCCCUGACCCUCCAGGCUCAGCGCAGAGCCCAACCCCGGUCACCAAGGCUGUGACAGCUGGAAGCAUGGUCCAGGCUGAGCUACCUCCUUUCAUAGCCACGCCCAUUCCCCAGCCACAGCCAAUCACAACGUGUCGCCGUCUUGUGCCUCCUGCCAUUCCAAUACCAAGCCCCACACCUGCACUUGUGAAAAGUUUGGACAAGGCUCCGCUGAGUUCGCCGCCAUCUACACAUGAGUUAAAGCACUGUCCCUCCCCUUUCAGAAUGAAAUCUGCAGCAGGACUCCAAGAAAGACGCGGCUCCAACGUGUCGUUGGUGUUGGACAUGUCGGCGCUGGGCGCAGUCGAACCUCUGAACGUUACCGUGGUGACGCCGCGGGAGGCUGCAGCUAAAGAGUAUUUGCUGUCGGCCGGACGAGCCCUGACACGACAAGAACUUCAAGAAGUCGUCCACAACACUCAGACGCUGCACGCCGAGUUUGCUGAAAUUCCUAUGAAUUUUAUCGAUCCCAAAGAACUGGAUAUUCCAAACCAUGGGACAAAGAACAGAUACAAGACCAUUCUGCCAAAUCCUCAUUCAAGAGUCAUCUUGAAGUCCAAGAAUUGCAAUGACCUGCUGGGGUCCUACAUCAAUGCGAACUAUAUUCGGGGUUACCUUGGCGACGAGAAGGCAUACAUUGCAACACAAGGUCCUAUGGUGAACACCGUGAAUGACUUUUGGCAGAUGGCCUGGCAGGAAGAGUCUCCUGUUAUUGUCAUGAUUACCAAACUGAAGGAGAAGAACGAGAAGUGUGUUUUGUACUGGCCUGAGAAGAGGGGCAUCUAUGGAAGAAUCGAGGUUUUGGUGAAUAGCACGCAAGAGAAUGAGCAUUACACCACACGCAGUCUCACUCUGAAGUGUGGAAAUCAGACUCGCAUGGUUCAGCAUUUCUGGUACACCUCAUGGCCGGACCACAAAACUCCAGACUCAGCUGUGCAUCUGUUGGAGCUGAUGACAGAAGUGGAGGCGGAGAGGAGGUCGUCUGCCGCCAUGGGCCCCGUCAUUGUCCACUGCAGUGCUGGUCUUGGUCGAACGGGCUGCUUCAUUGCCACGACAAUAGGAUGCAGACAGUUGCAGUUGGAGGCAGUGGUUGAUGUCUUGGGCAUCACGUGCCAGCUCAGGGCAGACCGGGGCGGGAUGAUUCAGACGGGAGAGCAGUACGAGUUUGUUCAUCAUGCCCUGAGCCUGUUCGAAGCCCGACUCUCUGCUGAAUCUGGACCAUGA